GAAUGAUUGCCCCCCCAACUUUCACCAAUUAAAGGGGGCAAUGUUAGCUCAUAGCCCGCAGCUUCGCCCCGCGUCGGGGAUUAUUAGGCACAUGCUAUUGGAGAAGUACUCUAUUAACGCUUACAUCUAUCGUCUGCACAACAUGGAAGGCGGCAAUGUAUAACAAGCAAAAUAUUGGCCCUAUAAAUAUAGACUGACGGUAGAGCCUUAUUGUUGGUGCCAUUGAUUUUUCCUCCUUUCCUAUUCCCUUGAUAAUUCUACAAAAGGCUCUGUGUUUGCAAGCGUAAAAUUUACUAUUCACACAAUUAAUUUAUUCACAUUACAUUGAUAAUAACCUUGGAGUUCCGGCGUGGAACAUACAGCCUCGCAAUGCCACAUUACUACGAUCACCACUAUGAGAACCCCAACCAAGCUCGCGAUCUAGCCAAUCGUUUCUCCUGGGAAACACGCCACAGCCAGUAUCCGACUCAAUACAUAGUAAACGAAGGGAAGAUGAUCGUCCACGAAAGAUCGCUAAAGCAGAGCAAUGCAAUUAUAUACAAUGCACCGGGCUCGACGUUACGGUUCGUACCGUCGAAGUCAGCACCAAAUACGAAGGCUAAGCACAGCACGCACCAUGCACCCGAAUCAUAUGGGCAAACAACGGCACCCCCAAUCUAUAUGUGUCACGGCUGUCGACAACAUCAGAUAUACUUCGGGGAUUACUGUCACGACUGCACAGCGAUGCGAUCAACCACUACCCCUACGAGAAGGGAUAACUACCAAGAGCGAGAACACCGCCAAAAUCUUCGUUUGACGUGGGCCCCAGACAGCAGACUGAUUAAGUGGUAUUAGGGGAACAUAGUUUAAUAUUAGAUUACCCAAGUUAUUACUAUUAUGUGAAUUGGAAAAUUUGGAUUUUUUAUAUAAUUUUAAUAAAAUCAAUGAGGAAUUCUAUGAAUAUUAUUUUAUUUCAACGUUUUAAUAAUAGGUGUUACUUACUUAUAACAUAGACUAACUACGGAUGUUUAAAAUUAAAACUUGAAGAGAAAUAACUUAAACGAU